AACCCCGAGGGCAGGGCGCUGCCCCCACCAGGAGGCCCCCGGCCUGAAGGAGCGAGCCAGACGCGAGCUCUGAAAAUCACUUUAUUGCACGCGUUUGGGGGAGUGGGGAGCCCCGGGAGGGAAGCCAGAGGAGGACACAGCGCAGGCGCCAUCCAGGCGAGCCCCUCAGGGGCUGGCGCCCGGGGAUACGAUCCCGGGGUCUUGAGGAGACCGGGGUGGCGACGGCGACUGCUGCCGCCUCUGCUGUCGCUCCUUCUGGAGCCUGGCUCUGUUGGCCCUGGAGGAAAGAGGAGCUGUGUGGUUGGGGCAGGGAUCCCGCAGGGCGGUGCCAGGACAGUAAGGAGGGGACAGGACAGAGCAGGGACAGACCUGGCCUGGGCCCGCGAGUCGUUGUAGAUGGCUGUGAUGAUCCGGUCCUUUUCAUCCAUGAAGCUUCGGUGCAUCUGCUCCAGCUUCCUGCAAAGGGGUUGCUAUUAACCCUGGGACCCCAUCUCUGGUGCCCUCCAAGUCCCGCCCUCCUCCAUCCACCCAUCCGGGACUUCAAGGCUUUACAUCUGUGGAAACUGCAGCCUGACCCUGCCUGUGAUAGAGUUUCAGGCAUGGUGCAGAUCAAGAUUCUCCAUGUGUGGUCCUCUGACCCCUUGCAUCUGAAACACCUGAAAAGCUUAUUAAAAAAACGGAUUCCUGACCUCCACCUCAUUCCUCCAGACCAGAAUAUCCAAGGCAGACCCCAGGAAUCUGCAUUUUUGCAGCUCACCCCUCCCUCAGGGGUCCUGCCUCCAAGCCCUGACGUGCAGAUAGGCCCUCCCAGGUCCGGAAGCGCCAGCCUCCACCGGGCUCUCACGCGCAGACUCGGCCCAGAGGCUCCGCCCCUUCUCGGAGCGGAAGUGCCCACCCCUACCUCUGCAGCAUCUCAUUGGCCGGUCCGGACGCUCAAGGUCGCACCCGGGCAGCCGCCUGGCCAGCGACAGUCGGUCUCGGUCAUGAACACCUCUGGAGGAGGGAGGCAGGAAGCAGCAGGACACAGGGGGAGAAGGGCUCCCAGACCUCGAGAACAGGACCCUGAUGUGCGACUGUCCAAGGCUCUGUCCUAUGCCCUGCGCCAUGGGGCCGUGAAGCUGGGGCUUCCCAUGGGAGCAGAUGGCUUCGUGCCCCUGGGUGCCCUCCUGCAGCUGCCCCAGUUCCGCGGCUUCUCGGCUGAAGAUGUCCAGCGCGUGGUGGAUACCAAUGGGAAGCAGCGGUUUGCCCUGAGGCCAGGGGACCCCGGUACUGGCCCUCUUAUCCGGGCCAAUCAGGGCCACUCCUUGCAGGUACCUGAGUUGGAGCUGAUGGCCCUGGAAAUGCCACAGGCCCUGCCCCCCGUGUUGGUACAUGGCACAUUCUGGAAGCACUGGCCAUCCAUCCGGCUCAAAGGCCUGUCCUGCCAGGGAAGGACACACAUCCACCUGGCCCCAGGACUGCCUGGGGACCCUGGUGUUAUCAGUGGUCAGUGUCCCCACCCACCACCAUCACCCCGCCUAGCAGCUCCCACCCAAUCUGUCCUCCCAGGUCCCCCUUCAAGAGGCACAGCCUCCCUUGUCCAAGGCCACCCCAUGCCCUGCAUGCAGCAGCAGUCCCCCGCCAGGCCACCAGCCUGCCCAAGGCAGCCAGGCCCCAGCUCCAGUUGUCUUUGCAGGCAUGCGGAUAUAAACUGCCAAGUGGCUGUGUUCAUUGACGGAGCCAAGGCCCUGGCAGAUGGAAUCCCCUUUUUCUGCUCCACCAAUGGGGUGAUCCUGACUCCGGGGAAUGCUGAUGGCUUCCUGCCUCCCAAGUACUUCAAGGAGGCCCUGCAGCUACGCCCUACCCGAAAGCCCCUCUCCCUGGCUGGUGAUGAAGAGACAGAGUGUCAGAGUGGCUCCAAGCACAGCCCCAGAGAAAGAGAGAUGAUGCAACAAUAAAAUAUUUAUUUAUAAAAAAGAAAUUUUUAAAAAACAACAAAAGAAAUUCCAGUUUGAAACCAUGAAUCAUGAUCCUGUAGCUACAACUGAUCAUCUUUGUGUGCUCAGGGGCUUCGGUUGGGUUGGGGGGCAUUGGUCUUGGCCACUUGGGCACUGGGUAUUGACAGAGUCUGGCCCAGCGAGGCCCCUGGGCUGCACAAAAGCAGUGACAGCGGGCAAACGUGCCCAGCUUGGUGCAUGUCUGGAGAGGGCGAGGAGCGGUGAGUCCCAGUGGGUGUGGGAGUGGCCGUGGCAGGUGGUGAUCAAUCGGAGUGGGGGACAGGAAGACGCCCUCAGAAGGCCUCAUGGCCCCCGGUGAGCUGCAGGAAGAGGUCCUCAUCCAGCUCCUCGCCACGGGCCCGCUCCCGCGUGGACAAGAAAAUGUAACCUCCGAUGUACUCGUGUACGACGCGACAGCUGGCAGACACACAGCAGAAGGCCACGUUGAUGUGCUCGUCAAACUCGAUGGCCACCUGCAGGGCGGGACCAGCAGAGGGGCUGGGAGGGGUGGCGCGAGGGGGCAGCCCCGGCCCCUGGCCCACCCGUGCCCACCCCUGGGCCCACCUGCCGGAUGUCCCAGUUGACGUUCCACUGGCGCAUGUUGCUGAAGCGCCAGGUCUUGACCACGUCGCCCACAGCCAGGUCGAUGCGGAUCAGUCGGUUAUUGGCGAUGCCCAGGAUCUCGUCUUUCCUGCUGCCCUUGAACCUGGUGCCGAGGGGGAGCGGGGGUGAGCUAAGGCCCCACCCUGCCUGGCCACAGAGCACAGGGCAGUGCCCCAGGCUGGCACAGUGGGGCCAGAUAGAGCCACGUUCACUGUUCUCCAGCUGUGCGGCCUGAGUGAGCCAUUCAGCUUCCCUGGGCCUCAAGGGCCUUAUCUGGGCAAUGGGAGUUAAUGGACAUAAUCAUUACACGAGCAUUUCGCAGCACAAGGCAAAUAGUCCGUGCCUUGAAAUAAUAACUUUGCUUGGGGAUUGGGAGUGUGGGUGUCAUCAUCUGUUGCUUCGUUUGCCCUUGGGCUGGGGGAACCUGGGUAAUAAAAGGGGACCACGUCAGUAACAGCAUCCAGCCUUAGCCCUGCUCUACAGAGAAGCUGUUACAGGUUGAACCGUGUCCCCCAAAAGGAAAUGUUGAUGUUGUCUGCUCCGGUACCUCAGGAUGUGACCUUAUUUGGGAAGAGGGUCAUUACUGCCUAACUCAAGUUAAAUGAGGUCACCCUGGGAGGGGCCCUGACCCCCAUGCUUGGCAUCCUUAUAAGAAGAGGAACUGUGGCCAGAGAUAGAGACAGAGGGGAGAAGGCCACGGGCUGUGGGCUGGCCACCCCCAGAAGCUAGCGGGGGCCUGGAACGGAUUCUUGCCUGUGAAUUUCAGAGGGAGCCUUGCCUGUCCACACCUUGACUUUGGACUUCUAGCUCCAGAACCGUGAGACAAUAAAUUCCUUUUGUUUUAACCCA